AUGCCUGCCUACCCGGACGACUCACCACCCCGUGAGCGAAGGCCACGGGACAGACGGCCCCCGCCUCCUCGUGACUACGACGACGGGGAUGACGACGAUGACACUUACCGCCGCCCUCCACCGAAGCGUGACCCUCGCUACGAAGAUCCAAGGGCGAACGGACGGCCGAGCAGAAGACGUGACACAUACGAUGCCAGUGACGAGGAUGAUUAUCCGAGGAGACGUCGCCCCGAGCGUCGUGCCCCGAAGGAUGAGGUGAACGGCGAGCCUGAUAUCCCUCCACCACCCAUUGGAGAAGAUCGUAAGGGCGGUGGUAAGCCUUCCACAGAAGAGAGGCUUCCACCUGGUGCUAUCCCAGUCCCGGGCACUGAAGCUGCCACCAAUGGUGGUUCCCCGCCCGGCCGCAGACCACCAAAAGCAAGCAGAAGCCCGAAGCGGCCAAAGGAUACAGGACCAUACGAUGAUGCAGAGGUCAAGCCCGAUCCUCGCAAGUCUUCAAGACCAAGAGAUGAUUACGGCGACGCUGAGCCUCCACGUCGCUCGAAAGGCCGUGAUCGGGACCGCGAUCGGGAGAGAUAUGACUACGACGAACCUCCACGUCGGGCCAAGCCAGUAAAGGAUCCACGAGAUGCAAGGGAUCCAAGAGAUGGAAGAGAUCCAUAUGACGAGCCACCUCGCCGCAAGCCAUCCCGCAACGAUGACGACCCACGACGCAGGCGACCUGUCUACCCAGACGAAGACACCGAGCCAGAAUACGAGCGUCCUCGCAGACGCGAGAAACCCAGCAGAUACGACGACGGCUACGGCACAGACAGACCCCGCCGCCAGCCGCGCGGGGACGAUUACUACGACAGAGGCUACAGAACAGACGGCCGCGACUCCCGACGCUACCGAGACGACGACCGGCGAAGACGCGACGACCGCCACCGCGACGACUACGACGACUACGACCGCCGCCAUCGCGACCGACCCUCUCGCAAGAGCGGUGGUGGUGGCGGCGGCGGCGCCGACCUCGACGGCAUGCUCGAGAAGGGCCAGAAAAACUGGAAGAAGGUGGAGCCGAUCGCGAAGCCAUUGCUUCAACAGCUGGCGAAGCAGUACCUCGGAAACGCCGGGGGUAGGUAG